AUGCCGUUCUACCUACUCACCUGCAUUCAACGCCAGACUACGCUGGCACACAUCAUAGCCAACAGCAGCAAAAAGAAUGGCACGAGGUUUGUGACACUGUCGGCCACAAGUGCCAAGACAAAUGAUGUUCGAGAUGUCAUCAGCCAGGCCCAGAAUGAAAAAAGACUCUUCAAGAGAAAAACCAUCCUAUUUAUUGACGAGAUCCAUCGUUUCAAUAAAUCUCAGCAGGACACUUUCCUUCCUCACGUCGAGUGUGGUACGGUGACCCUGAUAGGAGCGACCACAGAAAACCCUUCCUUCCAAGUUAACGCCGCUCUUCUGAGCCGAUGCCGGGUGAUCGUCCUGGAGAAGCUCUCGGUUGAAGCGAUGGAGGCGAUUCUGAUGCGGGCCGUCAGGUCUUUAGGGGUCCAGGUUUUGGGCCAGGGCGACCAGCACGGCAGCUCUGCGACUGGCAGCAGCAGCGAGAGCUCGGAACUCCCAGUGUACAUAGAGGAGAAGGCUCUGAACACCCUAGCCUACCUUUGUGACGGCGAUGCGAGGACGGCACUGAACGGGCUCCAGUUAGCGGUUCAGGCCAGAUUAGCAGUGGGGAAGACCACUGCUUUGAAUGUGACCAAAGGUGGUUCUGCAGAGGGCAUUCUGAUAACAGAAGAGCACGUAAAGGAAGGGCUACAGCGAUCUCACAUCCUGUAUGACCGAGCAGGAGAAGAACAUUACAAUUGCAUCUCUGCGCUGCAUAAGUCCAUGAGAGGCUCCGAUGAAAACGCUUCUCUUUACUGGCUCGCUCGAAUGCUUGAAGGUGGUGAGGAUCCACUCUACGUGGCAAGGAGGCUGGUGAGGUUUGCAAGCGAAGAUAUAGGGCUGGCAGAUCCUCUGGCUUUAACACAAGCAGUUGCUGCCUAUCAAGGCUGUCACUUUAUUGGAAUGCCAGAAUGUGAGGUCAUUCUAGCACAAUGUGUAGUGUAUUUUGCCAGAGCACCAAAGUCUAUAGAGGUGUACAGGGCGUACAGCAAUGUCAAAGAGUGUCUAAGGACGCACACGGGACCGCUGCCGCCUGUUCCGCUGCACCUGAGAAAUGCCCCAACGAGGCUCAUGAAGAACCUGGGCUAUGGUAAAGGCUAUAAAUAUAACCCCAUGUACAAGACACCUGUAGAGCAGGACUAUCUGCCAGAAGAGCUGAAAGGAACAGACUUCUUCAGGGAACGAGAAACGUGACGGCCUUGCUCUGAAUGGGUUCUGAUUUUAUGACUCGUGUAUUUGUACUGGGAUGGAAAUUCCCCGUAUAGUUUCAGCCGUCUCUUACUGUGGUUGAAAGUGUUAAGCCACUGAGCCUUUCAGAUACUUUCAUAUCCUUCUGGUUUUA